GGGGGGUGGUGGUAGUGAGGGGAGAGCAGGAGCAAUCUGGUUCGAACUUGGACAUAGAGCUUCAGCCCCUGUUAGAUUCGGAGACAGACAAACCCAACUUCCUCCUUACUCCCGGGACACUCUCCCCUCUGUUGUCCUGUUGUUCGUCAACUCCCAGUUUCUCUUGCCUAGAUAGUCAGAAAGAGGGGAACAUAUAUAUGGCCUCUAUCCCCAUCGCCAUGAAGAAGACAUUGUGUUCCCGGUUCUGUGUUCUCCCUCUGUUCCUAGGACUUGUAUCUACUGGCGUGAGCUCAGCACCAUCUGAGCCUUCUGCUAGCAAGCCAUGUCCUCUGGAGGGCACAGAGAUCUCAGGUGGCUCUGUUCAACUCCUCAAGGAUGGCCAGGUUCUGGAAUAUGUGUGCCCAUCUGGAUACUAUCCUUAUCCUGUGAAGAUACGUUAUUGCAAGCCAUGGGGGUCCUGGAGCACCCUGCAGACCCGCACUAAGAAGAUAGUUAAAAAAGCCCAGUGCAGGGCAAUCCAAUGCCCAGGCCCUGAGGACUUUGAGAAUGGUGAUUUCUGGCCGCGAAAACGCUUCUACAAUAUAAGUGAACAGAUCUCUUUCCACUGCUAUGAUGGGUAUACCCUACGUGGCUCUGCCAAUCGUACCUGCCAGCCCUCUGGCCGCUGGGAUGGCUAUACAGCAAUCUGUGAUGAUGGUGCGGGGCACUGCCGAGACCCUGGCAUCCCUAUCGGUACAAGGAAGGCAGGCAGACAAUACCGACUGGAGGAUAGUGUCACCUACCACUGUGGCCAAGGGCUCACCUUACAGGGCUCCCAGAGGCGCACCUGUAUGGAGGAUGGAUCCUGGAGCGGCACAGAGCCCUCUUGCCAAGACUCCUUCAUGUAUGAUACCCCAGAGGAGGUGUUUGCUGCCUUCAUCUCCUCCCUGACAGAGACCAUUGAAGGGGCUGAUGCAGAAGAUGGAUAUAGCCCAGGGGAGCAGCAGAAGCGGAAGAUUGUCUUGGAUCCCUCAGGAUCCAUGAACAUAUACCUAGUGCUAGAUGCAUCGGAUAGCAUUGGCAAGAACAACUUCACAGGAGCCAAAAACUGUCUUGGCAGCCUCAUUGAAAAGGUGGCGAGUUAUGGGGUAAAGCCACGGUAUGCAGUGGUGACCUAUGCCACAGAGGCCAAAGCUGUGGUCAAAUUGUCAGAUGAGCAAAGCAGUAAUGCAGACUGGGUCACCCAGCAGCUGGAAAAGAUCCAAUACUCAGAUCACCAGUUCAAGGCAGGGACGAAUACAAAACGGGCGCUGAUGAUGCUGUAUGAGAUGAUGAUCCUACAGGAGAACCAAAAUGAUGUUAACUGGAAUAAAACACGCCAUGUGAUCAUACUCAUGACUGAUGGAAAUUACAACAUGGGAGGGGAUCCGGUGGCAGCUAUUGACCAGAUCCGAGAGUUUCUGGAUAUUGGAAAGAACCGUAAAAAUCCAAGGGAAGAUUACCUAGAUGUCUAUGUAUUUGGGAUCGGGCCCCUGGUGGACCAGGAGAAGAUCAAUGCUUUGGCUUCAAAGAAGGAUGGGGAAAGGCAUGUGUUCAAGGUUAAGGACAUGGAAGACCUGGAGCAUGUCUUCUUCUUGAUGAUUGAUGAAAGCAAGGCUCUGGGUAUGUGUGGAAUAGCAUGGGGACAUCAGAAAAGUGGACGCUAUGAAAGACAGCCCUGGCAUGUCACCAUCUAUGUCAUUCGGCCUUCUGCAGGAAAGGAGACCUGUAAAGGGGCUGUUGUGUCAGAAUACUUUGUGCUGACAGCUGCCCACUGCUUCAACGUGGAUGACCAGGCCCAUUCCAUCAAGGUUGAUGCAGGAGGUGUGCAGAACAGGCAGGUGGAGGCAGUCUAUUUUCACCCUGAUUAUGACAUCAACGGGAAGAAAGCUGAAGGGAUUCCUGAAUUCUAUGACUAUGACGUUGCCCUCGUCAAGCUCAAGACAAAGUUCACGUUCUCAACAAAUAUCCGACCCAUCUGUCUUCCAUGCACAGAGGCAACAACUCGAGCUUUGAGGCUCCCAACGUCAACCACUUGUCAACAACAGGAAAAAGAGCUGCUCCCUGAGAAAGAUGUCAAAGCCCUGUUUGUGUUUGAGGACAAGAAGAACUUGAUACAGAAGGAAGUUUACAUAAAGAAUGGGGAAAAGAAAGCCAGCUGUGAGGGAGAUGCCCGCAAGGCUCAAGGCUACGAGAAGAUAAAGCAGAUCUCUGAUGUGGUAACAGCCCGAUUCCUCUGCACUGGCGGGACAGAACCUUACGCUGACCCCAACACCUGUAAAGGGGAUUCUGGCGGCCCACUUAUUAUUCACAAGAAGAGUCGCUUCAUUCAAGUGGGGGUGAUUAGCUGGGGUGUGGUAGAUGUCUGCAAGCACCCCAACAGACCCAUUCCCGCCCACGCCCGCGACUUCCACAUCAACCUCUUCCAAGUGUUGCCUUGGCUUCGGGAGAAACUGAAGGACGAGGAUCUAGGCUUCUUGUGAGAGAUUUUCUAUGGGGAUGGAAAAUAUUUGUCUGGGAAAAUUAAAACAAAGAACUGCAAUCA